AUGGACGAUUACACCAGAGAAAUGAUGGACCUCAAGACCCUUGUCACUCGAACCCUAGAGAAGAAAGGGGUCCUCGCCAAGAUCCGGGCUGAAUUGAGGGCAAGUGUUUUCGAAGCAAUCGAAGAGGAGGACCGGGCAAUUGAAAAAGAUGAAGGUUUGCCCCCUGCACUGUUGGGUAGCUGCAAUGAUCGAGCCAAGCAACUUCAUAAUUCUCCGUCAGGAAGAUUACUAACUGCCCUGAUCUGUGAAUACUUGGAUUGGGCUUCACUUAGCCACACAUUAAAAGUGUACUUGCCUGAGUGUAAUCUGGCAAAGGACUCGUGGAAGGCUGAACUGAAGGAAUUCAGUAACAAGAAUGGAUAUGAUUUGAACAGAAAUGAAAACAGUGGUCCUCUGCUUCUAGAUGUUCUUGAAGGAUUCUUGAAGUAUGAGAAUUUGGCUCAAGCAAGGGGUCCAGCCAGAAGACCAACCACAGCAGAUGCAGAAUCCCUAUCCGGCCUUGAGGGUAGAAAUAGUAGGAGACCUUCUUCCUCAUCUGUAGCCGGGGGAUUACCUCCUCUUGGAAGGCCAAUUUCUACUUCACAGACAUCUGAUAGGAGAGCUGGGUCCUCUAUGUCGGGAUACAGGAAAGAUGAUUAUAAUUGGAGAUAUGAUGGCGAUGAGCUUCCAGAAGAGGUGGUUAGAGCAUCUGCUGCCUUAGAGAACCUUCAGUUGGAUAGGAAAGCUCGGAACCUCACUUCAUCCUGGAGGCGCGCAGGUGAUGGGAGUUCUGAUGAUGUGGAAGGGUAG